AUGUGCAAAGUGUUCAAGAAUGCCGAAAAGGAAACAAAAGGAAAAAAAGGAGAGGAAUUAAUCACUUACAAGGCAAAAAUGGAUCAAGAACCAAAUCAAAGAGAAUUGCAUGAGGAAAAGGUGGGGGAGAAAAAUUCAAGAGCUCCAAAGCAGUUUACAGAAUCUAACUGCUCACGAACCAUCGCAACCACAUCUUCCCAUGCUGUAAAUGGUAAAAAUCUCGAGAAGCCCAGCCACAAUGAGGCACCAAAAGAAAUGCACGAAACGAAAAUCAGAGAUGGUAAAAAUGACGAUCGAGAGGAGAAUGUCAAGGAUUCGGAACCUACUGUUGUCAGUGGCAAUGGAACAGAAACUGGUCAGAUAAUUGUUAUCUCAGUUGGUGGGAAAAAUGGCGAGCCAAAACAGACAAUGUCAUUUAUGGCGGAACGUGUUGUGGGCACUGGUUCAUUUGGAGUCGUGUAUCAGGCCAAGUGUCUAGAAACGAGUGAAUUUGUAGCCAUAAAGAAAGUGCUGCAGGAUAAGAGAUACAAAAACCGAGAGCUGCAGAUAAUGCGAUUGCUUGAUCAUCCUAAUGUCAUUCACUUGAAACAUCAUUUCUAUUCAACUACUGAAAAAAACGAGGUGUACCUCAACCUUGUUUUGGAUUAUGUCUCUGAAACUGUUCAUCGGGCUUCGAGGCAUUACAUCCGGGUGAAUCAGUACAUGCCCUUUCUGUAUGUUCAGCUUUACACGUACCAGAUUUGCCGAGCACUAAAUUACAUUCAUAGAGUUAUUGGGGUUUGUCAUCGUGACAUUAAGCCACAAAAUCUGUUGGUUAACCCACACACCCACCAGCUUAAAAUUUGCGAUUUUGGGAGUGCAAAGAUGUUGGUACCGGGUGAACCAAAUAUAUCGUAUAUUUGCUCUCGGUAUUAUAGGGCUCCCGAGCUUAUAUUUGGAGCUACAGAGUACACAACUGCAAUCGACAUGUGGUCAGCCGGUUGUGUUAUGGCCGAGCUUCUUCUUGGGAAGCCUCUCUUUCCUGGGGAAAGCAGUGUUGAUCAGCUAGUUGAAAUAAUCAAGNCCCCAACUAGGGAGGAAAUCAAGUGCAUGAAUCCGAAUUACACCGAAUUUAAAUUUCCUCAGAUUAAAGCCAACCCAUGGCACAAGGUUUUCCAAAGGAGAAUACCACCUGAAGCAGUAGAUUUAGUGUCCAGGCUACUCCAAUAUUCGCCUACUCUACGUUUCACUGCUUUGGAGGCUUGUGCACACCCAUUUUUCGAUGACUUGAGAGAGCCUAAUACAUGCUUACCCAACGGGCGAAACCUUCCACCUAUCUUCGACUUCUCACCUGAAGCUGCAGGUCCGACGCCUUCGUGGAGACGACCCUUCCGGUGCAGCCCUCACCCCCUGGCUCGUUCUGUCACUUCAAUCGAUAUAGCUUGCCCUCUUUGUGUAAGCUCGUCGGCUGUCUUGGUGGCAGUUUUUGACGAGGUGAGCGGCGCAGUAGCGUGCUCGAGUCUGCCGACCUUUGCUUCUUCUUCUCCUCCGUCUGUCUUCUGGGACAGUGGGGGUUCGGGGCGCGUUACUCGGUCAGUCUUUGCUCUGUGGGUGGGUCUAGCUAGCCGUCACUGGCUCUUGGUGAAGGGAGUGGUUAGGUUUGUGCAGGGGCAGGGUUCUGACUCGAGAGGCUGCUCCUCCGGUGAGCUAACGAUCACAGAUGUCGAGUGGUAUCAUCCCUUGUGCGGAUGCCAUGGCGGCGGUAGUUGGUGGUCACUGGUUCUUGGGUGGGGUGUGGAGCUUGGGCUUAUAGCCGUGUGCGGCUGUUGGCCGAGAAUUUUUUUAUUAAUUGAAACAGAUGACGAAAAUCAGUCCCUCUCCUUGUACACCUAUCCACACACUCAAAAACAGUCGCACAAUUUCCCAAACAAUAAAAAACCCCAUCCAAAAAACACACCGGCAAACAAGUCUCCGAUGCCUUCCGACGGCCCGACGGCGCCGUUGCUGGGGGACCACGAGCCCCGCGCCCGCCUCCGUCCGCGCUUCCUCCGGCGCCCCCCUAGCCUCCGUGGUGCCGCUCGGUUCCUCCGGCGCGCCAGCAGCCGGAGCCGCGCCAUGCGCGAGCCGUCCGUCCGCGUCAGGGAGGCGGCCGCCGAGCAGAUUGAGGAGCGGCAGAGCGACUGGGCCUACUCCAAGCCGAUAGUGCUCCUCGACCUCAUCUGGAACAUCGCCUUCAUCGUCGUCUCGAUCUCGGUGCUGAUCAUGAGCCGGAACGAGACGCCGCCCGUGCCGCUGAGGCUCUGGAUCGUCGGUUACGCGGUGCAGUGCGUCCUCCACGUGGUGUGCGUUUGCUCGGAGUAUAAGAAGAGGAACUCGCAGCGGGAUUUAGAAGCGAGCGGGAGAGGUCAGUUCGUUUACAGUCGGAGCUACUCGGAUUCGAGCUCGGGAAGUGAUGAAUCCGAUACCGGCGGUUACUUUUUCGGUCGCCGGCAAAGUGAUGAUGAAGCUAGCUUUGCUAAGCAUCUGGAGUCCGCAAAUACUAUGUUAUCGUUCAUUUGGUGGGUCACCGGGUUCUAUUGGGUGUCGGCUGGUGGCCAAAACUUGACUACUGAAUCACCUCAGCUUUACUGGCUUUGCAUUACAUUUUUGGCAUUCGACGUGUUCUUUGUGGUUGUCUGUGUUGCUGUUGCUUGUGUUGUUGGACUUGCUGUUUGCUGCUGUCUACCGUGUAUCAUUGCACUCCUGUAUGCUGUUGCUGAUCAGGAAGGAGCUACUAAGGAAGACAUUGAGAGGCUACCUAGAUACAAGUUCCGGAAAAUCAGUGAUCUUGAGAAGCAAAGCAGUGAAACUGAAGUUUCUUAUGGAGGAAUAAUGACUGAAUGCAACAGUAACUCACCCACAGAGCAUGCCCUUCCUCAAGAGGAUGCUGAAUGCUGCAUUUGCCUGAGUGCUUACGAUGAUGGAGCUGAACUGCGUGAGGUUCCUUGUGGCCACCAUUUUCAUUCCGCCUGCAUAGACAAGUGGCUCUACAUAAAUGCCACCUGUCCUCUUUGCAAGUUCAAUAUACUGAAAAAUGGCAACCAAGAUGGCAGUGAAGAAGUAUAGUCGAAAAAACCGUCCAUACUGUUUGGCUUUCUGGCAUAUUAUUGAAUGUGUGGUGGCGUUUGGUGGUUGUGUGGAAUUUCUUGUUUCUCUAUGCCACAUUCAAGCAAAAAUGAAUCGUGCCAAUAUCUCGAGAGUAUGACACAAUUUGUAGUAAUACUCUGUUCGGUUUGACAUGAUGUGGUACACAUAUGAUUGUAGUACAUGUUCACGAUGUUUAUGCAGGCUGGCUUAAAUUUGUAAAUUCGUUGUAGCAUUGUUUCAGUUUGCUGUGGGUUCAAGGCAUUCGUAAAUUCGUUGUAGCAUUGUUUCAGUUUGCUGUGUAUUUUGGGAGACGAUUGUAAGUUCAUUCGUAAAUCCUAGUACGAAGAUUUUCUUGUUCUGUUGUACAUAGAUCAAUUGUGUUUUUCGUUCCUUUUU